GCCACUGAAGCCGGCCAAGCUUUCCAGGGUGUCCGUGGCUUGUCACCCAGUGAGAUAAACUUCCUUAGUGAUGAAUUAGCAUGUCAUUAUAGGGUGAGUGGAGAACUAUCUUAGGCUGCAACCUGGGGUUUAGACAUCAACUGAAGUCACUAUAGAACCAAAACACAAGCCGCCAUCUCCAGCUUGAGAGGGUUGCCACAUCUGACUUUGAUCUCUGUUGUUAUUAAACUGCAUUUACAAUAGAUAAAGCGCUGUGUAAACAGGCUUGUUAUGAUUAUAAAAAAGCUCUUCCUUGACUUGAUCCUCCGUUUCCCUGUUCAUCCAGGAAGUUUAUCUGUAGUAAAAACAGUUUGGAGUUAAUAACUACUCCUAUUCUAAACAGGGGUUUUGCGGCAGCUGCCAACACAGGAUGAAUUUACAGAGUUGUUCCUUUAGCAGAACAGUUGCAGACUUUGGAAUGGUUGACUAAUCUAAUCACGGACACCUGAUGAUAAAACUCCUCAGACGUUCAGAGGACAGAACACUUCCAGAGACUGACAGGCUCCUGGAACUUGAUCUGGACAUGCUGCGCUGAGAUGCCUCACGCUCGGAGGGUUCUUUCCCCACCGUAAAGAGGAAUUAUUCUCUCAGAUGUGAUGCUUUUAUCCUGAAUUUGAGAAGCUUUUUUUGUCAUGAUGGAGCUGAACGAACACUCAGAUAUGUUGGGGCGAAAAAGGAAGGCCUACACGGUGGAAAGAGAUAUACUGGACGAAGAAGAGGUGGAGAAGAUGGCUGAGAAAGUGGAGGCAAAUGUACCUCUUAAAGAGAAACUCAAAGACUCAUUACGGGGCAGGUGUUCAGGUCCCAGGCUGAGGAAGAGUAUCCUGGCCAGGUUUCCCAUCGUCUCCUGGCUGCCACGUUACAAAGUCAAAGAGAACCUUCUGGGGGACAUCAUCUCUGGGCUCAGUGUGGGGAUCAUGCAGCUGCCACAAGGUAUGGCCUACGCUCUGCUCGCUGCGGUGCCCCCAGUCUACGGCCUGUACUCGUCCUUUUAUCCUGUCCUCAUCUACUUCCUCUUUGGCACGUCCAAGCACAUCUCACUGGGAACAUUUGCGGUGACAAGCGUGAUGAUCGGAGGGGUCACAGAACGUUUGGCUCCAGACUCUGACUUCAUGAACUGGAAUAACCAGUCCAACUCCAGCGUCCUGGACACUGUUUCACGGGACCAAGCUCGAGUGCAAGUCGCCGCUGCCUGCACCAUCUUAUCGGGGGUAUUUCAGAUUAUUCUGGGGUUCGCCCAGUUUGGGUUCGUGGUCACCUACCUCUCAGAGCCUCUGGUUCGAGGCUAUACCACUGGAGCUGCCAUCCAUGUCAUUGUGUCUCAGCUGAAAUACACGUUUGGUGUCAGCCCAAAACGAUACAGCGGGCCACUGUCGCUGAUCUACACAGUGGUGGAGAUCUGCUACCUCCUCCCACAGACCAACAUCGGAGCCCUGGUCGUCAGCAUUGUCGCCAUCAUCGGACUCAUUGUUGCCAAAGAGCUCAAUGCUCUGUUGACGAAGAAAAUCCCGGUCCCUAUCCCGGUGGAGCUGCUGGCUGUUGUUUUAGCCACAGUAAUCUCGUGGCAGGCCGACCUCACGGGGCGUUACGGGGUGGACGUUGUGGGUGAGAUUCCCUCGGGCCUUCAGCCGCCUGCCGUCCCGGACGUCUCUUACUUUGGUCAGGUGGUUGGCGACGCCUUCGCCUUGGCAGUGGUGGGAUACGGUAUUGCAAUCUCACUGGGCCGAACCUUCGCUCUCAAGUAUGGCUACAGGGUGGACAGUAACCAGGAACUCAUCGCUCUCGGCCUGAGCAACAGCAUCGGAGGCUUCUUCCAGUGCAUCGCCAUCAGCUGCUCCAUGUCACGAACAAUGGUGCAAGUGAGCACAGGCGGGAAAACUCAGAUUGCUGGAGCCCUGUCAGCAGUCGUCGUCCUCAUUAUCACCCUCUGGAUCGGAGUCCUCUUCCAAGACCUGCCCAAGGCAGUGCUGGCGGCCAUCAUAUACGUCAACCUGCAAGGCAUGAUGAAGCAGUUCCUGGACAUCCCAGCGCUGUGGAGGACCAACAAGGUGGACAUGGUGGUCUGGCUCGGCACCUUCAUCCUCACGGUGCUGUUGAACCCUGACCUGGGCCUGGCCGCCUCUAUCGCCUUCUCCAUGCUGACUGUCAUCUUCCGGACUCAGCUGCCCAGAUACUCGGUGCUAGGUCAGCUGCCCGGAACAGACCUCUACAGGCCGGUGGAGGACUACAACCAGGUGGUUAUGGUCCCCGGCGUGCUGAUCUUUCGCUCAUCCGCCACGCUCUACUUCGCCAAUGCUGAGCUGUACCAAGACGCUCUGGAGAAGAAGACUGGACUCAAUCUGACCAAACUUUUGUCAGCAAAAAAGAAACUUGAGGCCAAAAAGAAGAAGCUCCAGAAGAAGAAUGCAAAAGCAGCCAAGAAGCUCGGCCCUGAUUCGCUUGAGGUGCCGGGAGGAAUAGCCACCAUCGAUGUUGAACCUGAGCCCAGCGCCACUCACCUGACGGCCAUCAUCCUAGACUUGAGUCCUGUCAACUUUCUCGACAGCGUGGGAGUCAAAACCAUACGCAGCAUCCGGAGAGACUACGGAGAAGUUGGCAUUGAGGUGCUGCUCGCCUGCUGCCAGUCUUCUGUCAUGGAGAACCUACAGACUGCCGGCUUCUUCACCGACACCGUGACUAGAGCGAGUCUCUUCUCAACUGUCCAUGACGCGGUUCUUCACUGUCAGUCCUCAAAAUCGCUUCCUGAGGACCGAAGAUCAACGUCACUGUGAGCAGCAGGAGAACCAGACUCUGAAUGUUACUCAACGCACACAAAAAAAUAAUCUGGUCUGCGUCAGUUCAGAUCAAACAUUUAGAUGGGCAUGUAACCGAAGGCAGCACAUCCACACCGGUACACAGCGAUGCACUUCAAAGCUGUGAGGACCUGCUCCAGUCCCAGCCAGCCUCACAAUAAUGCUGUUCUCUGAGCAUCAUUGACGUUUAUCUUCUUCAUUUGUGUCAAUCAUACAUCCAGCUAGUCUUUUUUAGGCCACAUUGAAUUUGUCUGUGUAAAAAUGUAAAUAGUAAAAAUUUAAAUGUUUGUAAUGUACUUGACUUUGUUUGCGCACAUCUGUAACCUCCUCUUUAGCUCCAGUGUUCUCCUCCUCUGGUUUCACAGCUCAGUAGAGGAAAGUGUGAAGUGGGGUCAAUCUAGAACAAAACUGUCUGGUGAAGCAAAAUAAA